AUGGUGGAGCGGCCGGCCGAGCCGGGCACGAGCGGCGCCCCGGAGCUGGAGCUGCUGAAGCGGCGCGCGGCCGAGAGCAUCGACGAGGCGGCCGAGCGCCUGGGCGCGCUGAGCCGCGCCAUCUGGAGCGCCCCGGAGCUUGCCUACGAGGAGCACGGCGCGCACCGCGAGCUGACCGGCUUCUUCGAGCGCGAGCCCCCGGCCGCCUCGUGGACCGUGCAGCCGCACUUCGGGCUUCCCACCGCCUUCCGUGCUGAGUGGGCGCCGCCGGAGGCCGCGGCGGGGCCCCGCGAGCUGCAGCUGGCCUUCCUGUGCGAGUACGACGCGCUGCCCGCCCUGGGCCACGCCUGCGGCCACAACCUCAUCGCCGAGGUCGGGGCGGCCGCCGCGCUGGGCCUGCGGGCCGCGCUGGAGAGCAUCGCUGCGCCGCCGCCGGUCAAGGUAAUUGUCCUGGGAACCCCUGCAGAAGAAGAUGGCGGUGGCAAAAUUGAUUUAAUUGAGGCAGGUGCUUUUAAGAACCUCGAUAUUGUUUUCAUGGCUCAUCCAUCUCAGGAGGAUGCCGCCUAUCUACCAGAUGUGGCCGAGCAUGAUGUGACUGUGAAAUACUAUGGAAAAGCGUCGCAUGCUGCUGCUUACCCGUGGGAGGGAGUGAACGCCUUAGACGCUGCAGUCCUCGCCUACAACAACCUCUCUGCAUUCAGACAGCAGAUGAAACCAACCUGGAGAGCUCAUGGUAUAAUAAAAAAUGGUGGUGUAAAACCCAAUAUCAUCCCCUCUUACUCGGAAUUAAUCUAUUACUUCCGUGCCCCCUCAAUGAAGGAGCUUCAAGUUCUGACCAAAAAGGCCGAAGAUUCCUUCAGAGCUGCAGCUUUGGCCACAGGCUGCACAGUAGAAAUUGAAAGUGACGCACAUGAUUAUUACAAUGUUAUUCCCAAUAAGACACUGUGCAGUGCGUAUAUGGAGAACGGGAAGAAGCUGGGAAUAGAAUUCAUUUCAGAAGAUGCAGUGUUGAAUCGCCCUUCAGGCUCUACUGAUUUUGGAAAUGUCAGUUUUGUGGUUCCUGGGAUUCAUCCAUACUUUUAUAUUGGGACUGAUGCCUUGAAUCACACGGAGCAGUACACGGAAGCUGCAGGAUCACAAGACGCUCAGGUGUACACUUUGCGAACAGCUAAGGCUCUGGCAAUGACUGCACUGGACGUCAUCUUUAAGCCUGAGUUGUUGGAAGCAAUCAGAGAGGAGUUUAAAUCAAAACUUCAAGAAGAACAGCUUUUACAUACACCAGCAUAGAAGAAAGACUUAAGGACCGCUCAGGAAACAUUGGU